UAAUGCCCUCCAAUCGAUCUGAGCAUUAGAUCGCAUAAUGCUGCUGCUGCUGCUGCUGAUCGGUGCCGUUGUCGGCUACGAUGGCAGUGUCAACUACUGGCAGGCCUUUGCUCCCGGCAAGCUGCUCCAGCGCCUGGACGCACUCACGCUCGACGAUGACGCCUCCGCCUUGACGUCCACGCCACCAUCAUCAAGCUCCCCACUUGUGGUCGCUGCGCAGCCCAAGCUGGAUGAGGCAGCAGCCGAUGAUGAUGAUGAUGUGGAGGUGGAGGGUGAGGAUGAGGAGGCAACUGAGCUUGAUGACAAUGUGGAUGAUGACAUAGAAGCGCACGAUGUCGACAGCACAGAGGGAUUGUCUGGCGAGGAUUACGAACGCAACUACGAGCAAUUUGUGCGUCAAUACUUUGAUCGCGUCGAGCAGGACGAUGAUAAUGAUGAUGACGGCGACGGCGACGAGGAUCAUGUUGAGGAGCACGAAGCGACGCUGGAUGACAGCAUCGAAACUCAAGCGGAGGCCAGCAAUGUGCAGCGACAGCAGAAGCCCAAGGAGAAGUGCCGGCGUGUGCGGCGCCAGGAUCAAUUGUGCACCAUUUGCCGCGAGCCGCGCAACAAUGAAGUCUCGGAGACGUGCAGCUACUCGCACGAGGCGCAACCGGAGCAGUAUGCCUAUGGCAGUGGCAGCCAGUAUAAACGAUAUCGCGACAAGCAGCCCGUGGAGAAGCGUCACACGACGAUUGUCCAGCCAGCAGACACCGGCAGCAGCAGCAGUCUCUGUGUGCGUCGUCUGCUGGGCAAGAGCAUCUGCUACGAGUGCAAGGACAGCGGUGGCAAGCGCAUGAAUCGCUGCUACGAUGCGGCCAGCAGCAAGAAGCGCACCAGCAGCAAGCCGCGUGGUCGCCAAUCGGAGCAGGAGCAGCGCAUCUACAAGCGCACCAUCAGCUACAGCUACAGCCAGGACGAACAGCAUCCCGAUCCCGAUCCCAUCCGCUCGAGCAUAACUCCGCCGAUCCCCGUUGUCACUGCGUCACCGUCGCCAUCGCCAGCAUCAGUUGGACGCAGACUCACCAAGCUGCUGCGACGACGCACUCCAAUCCUUCCGCGAAUCGCUGAGCAGUGAAAGAUGUCCUUGCAAGCUUUUUGUUUUUUUUUUUUUAGCUCUAACUUAGUGUAGCUAAGUGCUUUAAUCCUUAUAUUCCUUUUAUCAACAACUUUCUUAUUGCUUAUUUCGAAAUAAAAGAUAUCAAUAAGAAUCAUCUUAAUUUUCAUGCUGUCAAAAUACCUUUUAAAAAGUUUAUCUAUUCCCUA